AUGAUUUUUUUUUACACUUACCUUUUACUUGCGGCAACCGUUGCUUCCGACCAGACGUUUAGAUACGAAAAAAAGCACAAUUAUGGGUUAGGUAGACCUAUUAUCAAAACGGGCGACGCAUUUGGUACAUAUAACUUUUUUUUUUACAGAUUAAAUUAUCGUAGAAUGUUCAAAGGCUAUCCUUACCCUGAACCAUUGCCAUCAUCAACGAGUGGUUACAUCCGAUCACCAUACAAAAACAUUUACCAAGGUAUGAACAGGCGAUUGAAAAGUGAUAUGGACAAACGUGUAUACAAUAAGAAGUUUAAAUAUGCAGCUAAGCCAAUUGGUCAUCAUUUGUAUUGUGAAGGCGUGUUUGAUUGUACUAUUUCUCGAAUGGCGAUAGAAACAAAUGGCAGCAUCCCAAUAAUCCUGCGUGGCGGAGUUGGGUAUAAGUUCUUCAGCGUAGCGAUCAAAGCGUAUCCGGGGGAAGAACUAUCUGGAACAGUUCGAGCGUAUUGCCCAUCGUCAAAUCUGGAUGGAUCGCAAAAAAUAUAAAUUUCUUUUUAGAGGGUAUAAAUAUUGUACAUGAAAUAAAUAGUUACUUAAAAGUGAAGAGAAAUUAAUUCAUGUGAUAAAAAAUAGGGUUUUAUAAAAACUUGAUGUGACUAUAAGAUAUAAGAAGAAUGUUAUUUAAAUUGUGUUUUUUUAGCUGGCUUUUGCCGAAGGCUAGUAUAGUAUUAUUUUAUGUACCGAGGGGGUGGUUAUAGGUUAUGAUAUAAAGCAAUUGUUGUUACUUUCUCAAUGCAUAUUAUGUUUUAAUUUUAAAAUUAAAAUAUUAAUGGUUUGAGUUAACGUUUUAACUUAUAAGAAUACGAAAACUUAUUUUCAAAAUAAGAAUGUUUAAAUAUUAACAUACCGCAUUGUUGUCAUAUUACUUAUAAGCAACAACGUGAUAUAACAUAUUGUUAGUAAAUAAGCGUAUUAAUAUUAUCAUCAAAGGUUAGUAAAGACAUUGCUAUGCAACAUAGGUACUGUGAAGACCUUUUUGUUUUGUGAGAGAUCUAUUUGGGGUCAUACUGUUGAUAAGAACACGGUUUAUGUUUUAAUACAGUGUGAUUUUAAAUGUUUUCUUUUAAAUUACAAUACAAUUAUAUGAAGUAAAGUCUUAUUUAAGAUUAAUUUUGAAUAAUAUAGAAAUGAUGCUUCUAAGCUGAGGUAUUUCAUUUAUUUCAUAUAAAAAAAAUUAAUAAAAAAUAAAAUAAUUUCUUUUAGUGUAAUAAUUGAAUAGAAGACUGUACAGUGUAACAGAUCACUAGAUCUUAGCCAUUUAUGCU